GGUCUCGCCUAUUUUCCCCUGAAUGACCCCCUCAGAAUUCAUACUACAUUUUGCUAAACAAAUAGAGUGUCACCGUAAAAAUGAGGAUGAAAUAGGGAAGGUCGGGGAUUGAUAGAAAAUGAUGACAGCACAGCAGAGGCCCAAUCCCCCAUGGAAAAUUACAAACAAAACACAAUGCAAAGUCCACUACCAGUUUCGUAUACCUCGUCACUUCCCCUAUCUUCAAUUUUGUUCAAGAAGGUAGCCACAGUAGCUGCCGCUACGCACCGCCGCAACAGUGCUUUAUCCGCCGCCCUCAGCGGCAGGUUCAACAGAAACGCUAACCUAACCUCUCGAAGAUAUCGCCAUCAUACUGUCACGUGUUCUGCAAACAUCGAGUCAAAUGCUACCGUUGACGAGUAUGAAGACGGCGAUAUCGGAGGAGAAGGAAAUGACGACGACGAUGAUGAUGACGGCGUUGGGAUUGAAAUUGAGAAAAUGGGGAAAAAUCGACGGAGUAUUCGAUCUAAGAUAGCGGUGAAGGCUAGCUUACAAAAUGUUUGGGAAGUCCUGACUGAUUAUGAAAGAUUAGCUGAUUUCAUCCCAGGUCUUGCUGUCUGCCAGUUGCUUCAGAAGGAACCGAAUUUCGCCCGACUUCUUCAGAUUGGAGAGCAAGACCUAGCAUUCGGGCUCAAAUUUAAUGCUAAAGGUGUCAUUGAUUGUUAUGAGAAAGAUCUUGAAGAUCUCCUCACUGGUCAGAGGCGUGAUAUUGAGUUUAAGAUGGUAGAAGGUGACUUCAAAAAUUUUGAAGGAAGAUGGUCUAUCGAACAGUACUGUGAGAACAUGCAGUGCAAGAUAGGUAGUGAGCAAGAGCUUGAUUCUUUUGUGGGCCAACCAUUACAUACAACUCUCUCCUACAUUGUCGAUGUUGAACCUAAGCUUUGGUUGCCUGUGCGGCUUAUUGAAGGCAGACUUUGUAAGGAGAUAAAAAUCAACCUGCAGUCUGUUCGGGACGAAGCACAAAAAGUAUAUCUCUCUUCAUUUUCAUCUUGUUAACCACGAAUUAAUUGCUACUACCAUUUAUUGCUGAAGAAAUGUAUAUAUGCACGUAAUACAGUUUUACCUUUACUUUUGCUGCAGUCAUUUUGAUUAUGUGGAUCAACUAUUAUAGGUUCAUAUUAGUUCAUAUUCUUUUUUCUUUUGGCCAAUAUGAGCACAAGAUAUAAAAUAAGGAUCAGUUUGUGA